UACACACACACAACGUAAGCAUGAGCUGCUUGCACGGCUGUGUGAGUUUGAGAGGAUGAGGACGAGGAGGAUGAAGAGUGGAGUUCUGCUGGUGUGGAUUGAGGCACUGGAGAAACAUCAGAGGGCUCAGCACACACACUGCCAGUCUGUCAUGAGGAGCUAUCUGCAGCGUUGGCAGUGCCACACACAGCACAGUGUGUGUGUGCGGGCCGUGUGUGCGUGGCUGCAGGGUAUGCGUGAGGAACGUAGCUUGCGCUGGGGUCUGCGCGUGUGGCGGGGCCGUCUGCGCCUGCGUCUGCGCAGAAGAGAGCGCGUGUGGCAGAGUGUGGCUGCAGUAGCGCUGCUGUGGAGAGAGAGGGCGCUGGAGAGCAGAGCACAGAGACACAGAGAGGAGAGGCUCACACUGCUGGCCAGACAGUGUCUCACAGCAUGGAGCGACUAUGCCAAGAGUGUGUGUGUAGAGCGAGUGCUGGUGUGUGAGUUUGAGGAGGAGAGGAAGAUGAUGAUGAAGAGCAGAGCUCUGGCAGUAUGGAGACAGAGGGCCGAGAUUAGAUGGGUGGAGCGGCAUUACAACUCCAGGCUGCUAGGGGGCGCACUGCAUCUCUGGAUGAGCGCUCUGAUUGGCCGGAGAAGGAGCCGGGAGAGCGCGCUGGUUGCAGCGCGUGUCUGGAGGCAGAAAACUCUGCCGAGUCGAGAGCUGAUGGAGAGAGCGGAGGAGUUUCAGUGGCAACGGCACAUGGCCACGCUCACACACUGCUUCUCACACUGGCGCAUGGCAUACACACACACACGCAUCAGCCAAGACUUUCACCGUCGGACAGUGUGUAACAGAGUCCUGCUGGCUUGGCAGCACUACACUGAGACCACCCAGCGGAACCAGUACAAGGAGGCCUGGCUCCAGUGUGCUCGCGAGCAGAGGCUGCUGAGGGCCUGUUUCACCCGCUGGCUGGAGGCGCUGUGCCAGGCUGGCCUCAGGCAGGCCGCUCUGGAGCAGAGGCUGUGCCAGCUCGAGAGGCGGCGGGUGGCACGCAGCCUGCAGUAUUGGAGAGCAGCCACUAGGGGGCGAGAGGCACACAGGAGACGCAGCAGGAGUAUGUUGCAACAGUGUUUUAGUGUGUGGAGGGAGAGCACAGAGGAGCUGUGUGUGGCUGAAUAUCUGAGGGUCGAACAUGAAAGGAGAACGGCAAGAGAGGCUCUCAACACAUGGUUCCUGUGGACUAAAGAUCGCAGAGCACAGAGGAUGAUGGUAGAUGCCAUGUGGAUGUGGCUGGAUGGCAGGAGAGUUUCUAGAAGUUUCCACCAGUGGCUCAGAGCUCAUCGGCGCCACCAAGAGGCCUCACAGCAUCACAACAAACUACUGCUAUGCAGGGCGUUCCAGGGCUGGCGCUCAGUGUGUGAGGACAGGUGGAGGAGGACUGCGCUAUCCCAGAGGGCCGAGCAAGUGUGUGUGGUGCGUGUGUGUGAAGCGAGGAAGAGGGGCGUCUUGAGGGCUGCACUGAGUAUCUGGAGGAAGAAGUUUCAGGCUCGUCGGAGGUUGAGGGUGUGUGAGGGUGUAUUCUCACACUGGUUGCAGUUGGUUCACAGGAGACGAACAGUAAGACAGGCCCAGACACAACACAAAGACAUACAGCGGUACUGGUGUGUGUGGCGUGAGCGUGUUCAGGAGAGGACGUCCCAGGCGAGGCUGCUGCAGCUGCACUGGGCCUGCUGGAAGAAUCGCACCGCUGUGUCCCUCAUCGUGUCCACCAUGCAUAAUGACUCUGUGCAGCAGAGAGCUUGGCUGGUUUGGAGGAAAAAGAGAAUAAGAAACCGAGUGGCACAGGGCUUCAGUGCCAAUCUGAACAGAGCACUGCUGUCUGAGGCCUUCACUGAAUGGAGAAGAUUGACACUCUAUACAGGCUGACAGACUGUGUGUGUGUGUGUGUGUGUGUGUGAGAGAGAGAGAGAGAGAGAGAGAGAGAGAAAGAGAGACAGGGAGAGAUGCUUUAGUAAAUGAUGAGACAUCUGCGAAUGCUGUCAGACUUGAGAUUGCUGUAUGCUUGGAGUGACCCCAGAGAAGAGCCAUGUUUCU